AGAGGAAGUACCUCCAGUUCUUGAUUGUACAUAAUCUGAUAAGGUUAGCCACAAGAGAUUUGUCAUGAAAAUUAAAGACAAAUACGAGGAAGAAGGAAAUUCGAGUGAUAUGAACUCUUUCAGUGUUUCAGAAAAGAUUGGGUUUGCCUCACCUGCUAUCACAACCUUUCACAUAAGUGAGCCUCGGAGCCAGAAAAAGGCAUCCGCAUGCUGCGUUCGGACAGCCCUCAGCAUCUACCUGCUGCUGCUGACAGCUGGCCAGGGGCUGCUGAUGUACAAAGUGUUUAAGAUGCAGAGAGAGAUACUGAAACUUCAAGAGCAAAAUGCCUCCUAUACAGAAAGGAUUCUGGAGAGCUCCUUUGCCAACAAUCUGGCCUUGUCUAGAAGCUCUGCUGAGAAUAACUUUCUCAUGAGACAUGAGGAAAACUGGAGGAGAAGCUUAGAAGAGGAAAUCAACAUAAUUAGAAGCAACAAUGCAAACUUGAUGAUGAGGAUGAACAACAUCACCUUGGUUGCAGGGCCUCCUGGACGCAAAGGAGAUCCUGGUCUACCAGGGUCACGGGGACCACCAGGGACAAAGGGAGACCAAGGCGAACAUGGACCCCAGGGUGAGAAGGGGAGCAGAGGAACUCCUGGUCCUGCUGGCCCAAGUGGUGUUCCAGGAGUGAAAGGAGAAAAAGGAGACAUGGGGCUUGCAGGUCCCCAAGGACAGAAAGGUGACAUGGGCAAGAAGGGAGACCCCGGGUCCCCGGGACCUGUGGGUCCUCAGGGACAGCAAGGACUCCCAGGACCUUCAGGUUACGAAGGUAGCCCGGGGAGGCCUGGACCUCCUGGCCCGAAAGGAGAGGCAGGUGCAACUGGACAACGUGGGCCUGCUGGCAGUCCUGGCCUUGAUGGCAGACCUGGUCAGAAAGGGGAGAAAGGGGACCAGGGCCCCAAAGGCAGCCCAGGAGCACAAGGCAUUGCUGGACUCAAAGGUGAUCAGGGAGAACGAGGAAUAGCAGGACCUCCAGGGCAAAAGGGAGCAAAGGGAGACCGCGGCCUACCAGGCUACCCAGGUCAAAAAGGAGACAAGGGGGAUUAUGGCACUAAGGGUCUGAAAGGAGAACCAGGACAAAAAGGAGCCAAGGGAGAGACUGGAUUCUCUGGUUCCCCAGGAUUGAAAGGGAGCAAAGGUGAAAAAGGAGAAGUCGGCCUCGGCAACUUUGUACGGCUCGUGGGAGGAGACAGGAGGGGCCGUGUGGAAAUCUUCCACAAAGGGUCCUGGGGGACAAUCUGUGACGAUGGCUGGACCACGCGCGAGGCCGGCGUGGUCUGCCGAAUGCUGGGAUUCCACCGCGCCGUCUCCUCCUUCACAGCCCCGCCAGGUACCGGUCAAAUUUGGCUUGACGACGUAAAUUGCAAGGGGAGUGAAAUUACGAUUACGGACUGUAGCAAGCGUGACUGGGGUGCACACAACUGCAACCACAACGAGGAUGCUGGCGUGGAGUGUGCUUGAUGGGACACCGAGUCUGACCUGGGAGCUGCUGCUGCCUCUGCUCUCCAUGGAGCUUUUCUUCAUGAUGCCAACCCAAUUUCAUCAGGCUGUGCUUUUGUGCCUCUUUACCAUGUCACAGAAAUAUUGACAAACAAAGUUGAAUUGUUCACAAAUCAAUAACAGUUGCAAGACCCACAGGUAACCUGAAACAUCCCAGCUGUCAUGAAACAACUGGAGCUCAGGCAUGUGAGCCAGGUCACAGCUUUUCCAGCUACCUGGCAUCAGCUCAUCUGCAGGAGCUCACACGUGUGUGACCUCUAAGUCCACAGGGGAGGGGAUGGUCGAUGUUAGCUUAGUGCAGCAAAAGAACAGGAUCAGUGUGCAAAAACCUGCAUCUACUGCAGCCGAGCUGGCUGGUCCAUCUUCAUCAUGGCACAGUUGUGAACCUGAGCCUAAAACCACCAGAGAAGUGCAUACACCCAAGAGAGCAGGUGCUCAGAAAUCAUCAGAUGAUCCUUCUGGCAUGCCAGUAUAAAUAUCCUUCAGAAACUAUGCUGAUCAUACGUUAAAGUACAAAAAUAAGUGCCUGGGACCUAGGUGCCACACUGCCCUGGUUUAGCACAGCACUUGUUUUUGACAUUAGCUAAGUGCCUUGCCUUCUCUGCCAGCGUUUCCUAAGCUGUCUCCAGGAGCAACACCCCUUACUUAUCCAGUGUAUAAAGCUAAGCUAUUCUUACUUUUAGAAAUUAGAUGCUCCAGAAAAGCAAGAUGAUGACAAAUAAUAAUUUAAAAAAAUACAUAGUAAAGCAUAAAUAAGCUAAUGAUUUGUGUUAAAAAUAAAAUAAAUAAAUAAAUAAAUAAAUAAAUAAAUAAAUAAAUAUGCUCGAAUAGAAAAAGAAAUAAAAUUAUACACACACACACACCAGUAGAUAUUGGGGAGAAAACACUGAACUGGGUUUUCCUGGAUGCCGUGCGAUCGGUGCAAGUGGCGUUCAGUGGGUGAAGGUGUCCCUGCAAGGACCAGCGCCGGGACCCGUCCGCCGCCGCCCGCAUCCCUCCCGCAUCCCUGCCGCGGGGCCCGCUGGUCUCAGAUGCUCCUUCCCGGCGCUAAGGGGAGCUCAAGGGCCGCCGCCGCUCCGCGAAGCCGCUGCGGGAGAGCCGCGGCACCGGCCCGGCCCGGGGGCUGCCCCCGCCCCUCGCCCCCGCUGCCUUCUCCCGCGGAGAGCCGGGAUCCGGAGCAUCCCUCUGUGCUCCGCUCUGUGAGAGCCCGCCCGGGCAGGGGGGACACCGACCUGCUGGAGCCAAGGCUCAGGGGGCUGCCAAGGUGCUCGGAGGGCUGGAACACCUCUCCUAGGAAGACAGGCUGAGAGAGCCGGGGCUGUCCAGUCUGGAGAAGAGAGAGCUCUUAGAGCACCUUCCAAAUCACUGCAAGAGAGAUGGAGAGGGAUUUUUGUCAAGGGCACACAGUGAUAGGACAACGGAGAAUAGCCUUAAACUAAAAGAAAGUAGGUGUAGAUAAUAAAUCAGGGAGAAAUUCUUUACUGUGAGGGUGGUGAGGCACUGGCACAGGCUGCCCAGAGCUGCAGGAUGCUCCAUCCCUGCAAGCGUUCAAAGGCCACGUUGGAUGGGGCUUUGAACAACCUGGUCUAGUGAAAGACAUACCUGGCGAGGGAUUUGAAACCAGAUGACCUUUAGGGUUCUUUCCAACUCAAAUCACUCCAUGAUUCUAUGAUCCCAGGAGUGGGGGGCAGUAGUGGCCACAAAGCCCUGGUGAUGCAUCCAGAGGGUG